AUGAGUUGUUUGAUCACUGUGACGUGGGCCAAGACUCUGAUGGGUCAGAGUGUGACCGUUGGUGUUGAUGAUUCUUGUAACCAGAGUCUCUGUAGUGUCGAGAUUACAUCAAAUGAGCGUCAAACAGAUUUCUAUCACGAUGUCCCACCUCUAGUGCUUAUUGGUGAUAUGAUCACAGAGGAAGCACUCCCAACUUAUCAGACCAUGAUUAAUACAUUGGAUGGUGUUAGAGAUGAGAUUGGAGCAAGUCCUACUCCUUGGGCAGUGUGGACAAGGGCUUGGACUGCUGAAGAGAACAGGCAUGGUGAUCUUCUUAACAAGUAUCUUUACCUCUCUGGAAGAGUAGACAUGAGGCAGAUUGAAAAGGCCAUUCAAUAUCUAAUUGGUUCUGGAAUCGAUCCAAAGACUGAAAACAACCCUUACCUUGGUUUCAUCUACACAUCUUUUCAAGAGAGAGCUACAUUCAUCUCUCAUGGAAACACUAAACUUGAGUAG